CUUUGUUUACAGUCGUCGAACAUACUAAACGUCAUAGGUAAUCAUAUUUUUUUUAUCCUUUCAAUCCAAUUAUUAUUAAUAAUAUCGCUCAAAUACUAAUCGGUACAAUACUACAAUUGUGUUAUAUCAUUUUUAAAAAAGGCUCAAUUGUUAACUUGUCCUUUGAUAACUCAGUACUUUAACAAUAUUAUAGCAAUGAAGAGUUUGAACCUGUCGUCAUCUAAUUCCCAGCAAAACCAACCGAUAAGUGACCGUCAAAGUCCACAUAAUCAGAAAAAUAAUAUUAAGGAACGAAAAGACAUAUCUGAAAUUGGACUAAUUCAACCCAACGAAAUUGAUCCGAAAUAUACCCCUACGCCCCCAAUUAAACCCAUCCUCGAAUUCGAUUCGUUGGAACCGGAAGAGCUGCCUAGAACGUCUGAUGGACUCUUCUUUCGAAAAGCAAAAGUAAUUUGGCCUGGAUUUCGUAAAAAGUCGACUGAAGAAUUAGCAGCUUCUUCUGACAUCAAGGAAACCGUGAAUUGUGGUCAGGAGUUAGAAGUCAUAUUAAAUGGGGCAGCUGAAUUAAUAUAUUUCUCAGAAUAUGCUCAAUUGUUAACUAAUACUAUGAUAACAAAGGACUUCAACAAUAUUAUAGCAAUGAAGAGUUUGAACCUGUCGUCAUCUAAUUCCCAGCAAAACCAACCGAUAAGUGACCGUCAAAGUCCACAUAAUCAGAAAAAUAAUAUUAAGGAACGAAAAGACAUAUCUGAAGUCGGACUAAUUGAACCCAACGAAAUUGAUCCGAAUAAUAGACCCCCUACGCUUCCAAUUAAACCCAUCGUCGAAGUCAAUUCAUUCGGACCGGAAGGUCUGAUGCCACCAGAAGAACCCGAUGAUGAUAAAAAGAAUGAUGGACUCGUAUAUCGAGUACAACAUUUUGAGGGGCCUAUAUGGCCUACGAAUUCAACUGCAGAAUUAUUAGCUUCUCCUGAAGUAAAAAAUUUGCAAGAAGCCAUGAAGAAUGGUAAGGAGUUAGUGCACACAGUAAAUUUGCCAGAACAUAUGUCACUAUGUCAAUCCGAAAAAUUUUAUACUAAUGACCCUAAAAUCCUAUCGUUGUUUGGAAAUAAAUAAGACUGUUACAACACCAGCUCUCCCCAGAAAAGUACACGCGUUAUAAAAAUAGUAUUAAUGUAUAGGUAUUGUAUGUAUAUUACGACGAAUGUUGUUCACCUUACACGGAAUAGCGAUUUAUGUACGUAACUGAUUCAUACUUCCAUGUUCCUGUAACGUCACUGGGAAAUUGUACAUAAAUUGUGCACUUCGGUGAUUCGCGCGUUCAAAACAUGCAAGUAUUUCUUUAAAUACUCGUAAUAGUCUAAUUUUACGAUACGUCAUCAAUUUACUUUACGCACUACGCUGAGUAUAUAAUAUUAAUACACAAUACAUUUAUUUAUAUAUAUAUAUGUCCCAUCCACUUAGUGUAAUCGUAUUUUUCAUGAAAUGGAUAUCCAUUUCAUGAAAAAUACGAUUACAUUAAGUGGAUGCGACAUAUAUAUAUAAGUAAAAGACUUAAAUCUUAAAUAAAUUUAGUUAGAACCAUUUUUAAUUUUUUUAGUAUUAACUAUAACUAUUUUAAUUGAAUAAUGUAUUUUAUAGAUUUGUAAGCGAUUUAUAAAAAUUUAGUUAUUCCAUAUGAACAAUACUCGUCAGUGUUCCCUAUUUAUCAUAAUAUUAAUAUAUAAUCACGCGUGUAUUUGUAACUUUAUACCACCGGUUAAGUUAAA